GCCGACCUAGGGAACCCGGAACCUGCUCCUGCUGGGACCGGGACCACCAUCGGAGCCCCGCGCUUUCAUCGCUGUGCGUGCGGGAGGCAGCCGGGGCUGGCGAGGCAGAGAUGGAGCCGGAGUCCCUCUACAACCUGCUGCAGCUCCCUAAGGAGGCGAGCCUGCCCGUGCUAGAGGAGCUGCCACAAGGAGAAAAGAAGAAAUACAUACUCCCCACCUCCCGGAAAGACCCCAGAUUUGAAGAGUUGCAGAAGGUGCUGAUGGAGUGGAUCAAUGCGAAGCUCCAAGCCGAGCACAUCGUGGUCCGCAGCCUGGAGGAGGACGUGUUUGACGGGCUCAUCCUGCACCACCUUUUCCAGAAGCUGGCGGGGAUCAGGCUGGAAGUGGAGGACAUCGCCUUGACCGCCGUGAGCCAGAGGCGCAAGCUCGAGGUGGUCCUGGAGGCUGCCAACCGCAGUCUGCCGGCAGAGGAGCCGCAGGUCAAGUGGAGUGUGGACGCCAUCUUCGGCAAGGACCUGCUGGCCACCUUGCAUCUCCUCGUGGCCCUGGCCGAGCGCUUCCAGCCGGACCUGGCCCUCCCGAGCAAUGUCCAGGUGGAGGUGAUCACCAUGGAGAGCACCAAGAAUGGCCUGAAGUCUGAGAAGUCGAUGGAACAGCUCACUGCAUGCAGCACAGACAAGGACCCACCUUCGAAGGAUGUCUUUGAUGAAUUAUUUGAGCUGGCCCCAGAGAAAGUGAGCGCCGUGAAGGAGGCCAUCGUAACCUUCGUCAACCAGAAGCUGGACCGCCUGGGCCUGUCCGUGCAGAAUCUAGACACCCAGUUUGCAGAUGGAGUCAUUCUUCUCUUGCUGAUUGGACAACUGGGAGGCUUCUUCCUGCACCUGAAGGAAUUCUACCUCACUCCCAGCUCCCCUGCAGAAAUGCUGCACAACGUGACUCUGGCCCUGGGGCUGCUGAGGGACGAAGGCCUGCUCGACCACCCCGUCAGCCCCGAAGACAUCGUGAACAAGGACGCCAAGAGCACACUGCGGGUCCUCUACAGCCUGUUCUGCAAGCACAAGCCGAGAGGACACACGGACAGGACGCCCCGGGCCUCCCCGGAUUAACCGUCACUGCCCCAGAAAGCUGCCCAGCGGGAAGCCGCCCCCGCCUUCUCCCGCUCCCAUCUGUCUGAACAUCUCUGAACCCACGAGGCGUGGAUCCAUUUUGAGCCGACCUCUGGCCUUGCUCAGUUUAUUUUAACAAAUGUAUUUCUGGGAGGGAUUUGGGGAGCCUGCUGGAGUCCUGGGAAGGGCCAUUAAAUAUGCACA